UUUUCUUUUCCCAUUCUGGAUCUGUCGCUACCUGCCAUCGUCUUCCUCUUUUUUCCUUUCCUCUUUUCUGUCGCCAUUAAAACAUGCCAUCUCGCUGUGAAAUCUUCUGCGAGAUUCUCAUUGCUAUUUUGAUUCCUCCUUUGGGCGUCUGCCUCAGGCAUGGAUGUUGUACCGUUGAGUUUUGUAUAUGCCUUCUUUUGACGAUUCUUGGUUAUGUUCCUGGAAUUAUCUAUGCUUUGUAUGCUAUCGUUUUCAUUGAUCGCGAUGAGUACUUCGAUGAAUACAGGCGUCCUCUUUAUGCGCCGGCCUAGAUUCUUUAGGUAUUCCGCUUUUAUAUCAUUCCUGUGCUGUAAUUACUCCGAAUUUCGUCUGUUCAUUUUGUGAUUGGAUCUGUAUUAUGUAUUCGUGUUCUGUUACCGCUUAAAACCCUUGUAUUUCUUGCUAAGUUUAUCCUUGCAGGUUCUACCUGAUGGAGAAAUCAAUUAAUCAAUCUUAUAAAUGGAAUUAUCACUA